AUGAUCCAGAGGGAGGAUUCUUCGUGCCAACGCCAUUCUGGUGCUGGAUUAACUCCCGUUAUUCAAACGAGAGAUUUGGGGAAUAUAUUUGGCCAACCGUCCGAUAAGGUUAUGGGUGGCGGAUGCAUCGGAGAUGCAGGAGAAAGUACUAUGGAAAGAAGAAGCAUACAGCGUCAUGGAUUGAUUCAACUUCUGAACCCACUGGAAUAUACGAUAUUGGUUUUACCCGCUUCGAUUGCUCGGUGGAUGUACAUCUCGAGACCCAAUCCCCCUUCCGUCUUAGAUUCCAACAUGGGUCAGUUCGCCACUGCCACGUUGGUAUUUCAUUCCUCAUUUCGCCUCUCCGGGUUCAUCAACGUUGUUCUGAUACUUGCUACUCGAUCUGGACUUCUGCUAAUCAACUCUACUGGCGAGCUUUAUCCCAGCGAUCCGAGGCGUGUGGAAGAGGAAAGAAAUCAAGACGAGAUUGAACAACAGGGCUUGGGGCAAUCUCACUCAUCUACCCAUUCGGCUAAAUCAACCUAG